AUGCGUUUCAAAGCCCAACUAAAGAAUACAAGCGUCUUCUACAAAUUAACCGCCUCUCUAUCAUCUCUCGGCAAGAUAUGUUGGAUGCGCCUAGAACACGAUGUGGUGCGCUUCACCAUCAUCCCAGAGCAAGGCACCCAAGUAUGGUCUCAGAUCCCGGUCGAAACCAUCUUCGAUGAAGAGUCCUACGCAUUACAAUCCAACUCCGAUGGCAUCAACAUCGAAGUCAACAUAAGUAUACUAAACCGUGCUCUCCGCUCUGCCAUGGGUGCGACCGGCGCUCAAUUACGUCUCACAAAAAAAGACAAAUAUCCCCUCCUAGCUCUAACAGUUCUAUCAACCGAGUGGACGGAGGGCAACAUUGCUCUCGCGGCAGACAAAUCAGUCCAACCAGACUCAGCAGCAACAGGGGAGAUGAUGGGGGGUCGAAGAGCCCGCGAACGCGAAACACGGAUCACGCAGGAGAUUCCUAUUAAAAUUUUGCACGAGGGAACAGUGGAAGAUCUUCAUGAGCCGCAUUGUCCUGACCCGGACGUGCAUAUUAUUCUUCCUGGGCUUGCGCAGCUGAAAAGUAUUUCGGAUCGGUUUACUAAGAUCGCUGCUUUGGAUGCGAAGAGUACACAGAUGGGGAUUGUGGCGGCAGAUGCGGCUUCGACUGCUACGGCAUCUGCGGCUGCGGCGCUUUCUGCGAAUAAUGCGCCGAAGUUGGAGCUGAGUGCCAAUAUGCAUGGGAAGUUGCGCUUGUCUAUCUCUACGGAUGAUUUGAAAAUUGCGAGUUCUUGGUCUGGGCUUGUUAAUCCGCCUUUGGAUCCGGCUCAUAUCAACAGCGAGGAGUAUUCGCAAUUACCGAGUGAACGGAUGAGGGAGGUGGGUGAUGAUGAUGAGUCGGGGUGGGCGAGGGUGCGGAUUGAUGCGAAGGAUUGGGGUCGAGUGUUGAGUGUUGGGAGAUUGAGUCCUAAGGUGGUUGCUUGCUUCAUUAACGACAUGGCGCUGGUUCUUUAUGUCUACCUGCCCGGUAGCUGGAACGGCGAAGAAUCCUGCCUGACUUACUAUAUCAAUUCUUUUACGACAUGA